AUGGCUCGUGGCAACCAGCGCGAAAAGGCUCGUGAGAAGAACCUCAGCAAAGAGAAGAAAACCAAGACUACCAUGACCGGUACCCAAAUGCAACAUGCCAACGAGUCCAACGCCGAUAUCAUGCGAAAGAAGCAGGCUGCUGCUGAGGCUCGCAAGGCCGCCGAGGCUGCCAAGAAGUAA